AUGGCGGAACGUCCAAAGGAAGUACUCCGUAAACCUCUCCCCAGGCAACAAGAUUUAUCCCUGGCACCAGGCAUGCGGUUUUAUGCAGCGAUUACUCCGUACGCCCAACCCCCAGCAUCAAGCAACUUGAAGAACGGGGGUCCCCUGCGAUGA